CAGAGACCUAGAGACUCCGCCUUCCUGAGGCCUCACAGCGAAGUGCUGAGUCACGCUGACGGACAGCCGGCGCUCUGCAAGCCCUUCUUCCGUGUGCUGUGUUCCUGACGCUGCGAAGGCUGUACGACAGUGGCUUCCGUCCUGGGCCUGCUCAGCAGCCGACUCAACACCAGAACGUUCUUUAUACACUUCAAAAUGGGAUCCUCUAAGAAGGUUACGCUCUCAGUGCUCAGCCGGGAACAGCCAGAAGGGGUUGGAGCUCGGGUCCGCAGAAGCAUUGGCAGACCUGAGUUGAAAAAUCUGGAUCCAUUCUUACUGUUUGAUGAGUUUAAAGGAGGAAGGCCGGGAGGGUUUCCUGAUCACCCACACCGAGGCUUUGAAACAGUAUCUUAUCUUCUGGAAGGGGGCAGCAUGGCUCAUGAAGACUUCUGUGGACACAUUGGUAAAAUGAACCCAGGAGACCUACAGUGGAUGACUGCAGGCCGGGGCAUUUUGCAUGCUGAGAUGCCCUGCUCCGAGGAGCCUGCCCAUGGCUUACAGCUGUGGGUGAAUCUGAGAAGCUCAGAAAAGAUGGUGGAGCCUCGGUACCAGGAACUGAAAAGUGGAGAGAUCCCGAAACCCACCAAGGAUGGUGUGACAGUCGCUGUCAUUUCAGGAGAAGCCUUGGGAGUAAAGUCUAAGGUUUACACACGCACACCUACCUUAUAUCUGGACUUCAAGUUGGACCAAGGAGCUAAGCAUUCCCAGCCUAUUCCUAAAGGGUGGACAAGCUUCAUUUAUACCCUCUCUGGAGACGUAUAUAUUGGACCUGAUGAUGCGCAGCAGAAGAUAGAACCACAUCACACAGCAGUGCUUGGAGAAGGUGACAGUGUCCAGGUGGAAAAUAAGGACCCACAAAGAAGCCAUUUUGUCUUAAUUGCUGGGGAGCCAUUAAGAGAACCAGUUGUCCAACAUGGUCCGUUUGUGAUGAAUACCAAUGAAGAAAUUUCUGAGGCCAUUCUUGAUUUCAGGAAUGCAAAAAAUGGUUUUGAGGGGGCCAAAACCUGGAAGUCAAAGAUUGGAAACCAAUGAAGAGCUGGAACUCUGCUAUUUGAUGGACUGACCAUUCACUAUAUUCAAUUUUCAAAGCUGGCUUAGCUGGUGCCUCUUUAAAAAUUUCAUAUUAAGCCCGGUGGUGGUGGCGCACGCCUUUAAUCCCAGCACUUGGGAGGCAGAGACAGGUGGGUCUCUGUUGAAUCCGAGGCCAGCCUGGUCUACAGGCAAGUUACAGGACAGGCAGGGUUAUACAGAAAAAAACCUGUCUUGAAAACCCCAAAAUAAAAAAAAAAAAGAAUUCCACGUUAAAAUGAAAAGAUGUUUUUUUGUAGUGAGUCAUCAGAAUGCAUUAUAUACAUGUAUGAAAUUGUCAAAGAGCAGACUUAACUAUUUUAAGAAGUUAGAAGUAAAAAAAUAAUAGUAGUAAUGCAUGCAAAUAAGUCUAAUUGUUGCUUCUUUAAAAACCCAUGUUAUUCAUUUCAAUGGAAGUUAUCGGGCUCUUAUUAAAAACAAUCGCUUAUGUGCAUGUGCUUUUUA